AUGGCAGAGAAGUACCCUAUCGGCUCUCGUGCCGAGAGCGAGCGUCUCGUAAGAAAGUGGGGUUUCCAACAUGUGUAUACCUGGUCAGACGGGAGGAAUGGAUACUACUCGCCUCAUAGUCAUGGAGGUCUUACGACACAUUUAAUUCGUCAGGGUUCGUUUACAAUUACUUAUCCCGAAGACAACGCAAAUCUGCACAACGGCGAGGUCAAGAAAGUGACAUUCGGGCCUGGCGCGCGAAUCGAUGUCCCCGCAGGGAAAGUUCAUGAAGUCUGGAUUGGGGACGAAGGGUGCGAGUAUGUUAUUGGUGAAUAG